CUACUAUUUAUGAAAUACAGAGUAUGACAAGUGCAUAUUUACUUUAGAUUUAAUGAAAAGAAAUCGUCAAUAAAAAACGUGUAUAUUCUUGUAAAUCCGUGGUGUAUUUUAGUAAAUAUAGGAUAUUAACGUCUAAAGGACGAUAUAUUUUAAAAUUAUUGUAUUGUUGGAUUAUGCUUAACAUAUUGACAUAGUUGUUAUCAUAGCAAACUUAGGGGUAAAGAAAUAUUUGUUUGUCGUCAAUAAAAAUAUGUUUGUAAGGUCAUAAAAAUUUGUGUGAAAUAUCCUAAAUUUUAAUAGGUAUAUUCUUUGGAAUUCAUAGAUUUAAAAUGGACAAUGUACGUACCCUAGCAACAAUAAUUCGGUGUUCUUAAUGGACGUGAUGUGACCAGGGGCCGUUAUAGCAAUAUCAAAGGCUACGAAGUGAUAAGUGGGUUUUAACUAGACAUCGUUACCUUAUAAAUCAAGUGGUCAAAUUUUUAAAAGUGUCACGAAAUAAAUACCUAGGAAGGUGUACCAUUGAUUCAUCAUAAAUUCACUAUACAAACACAAAAAGGUCAGCCAGUAGUUACAUCUUAACAAAACAAAAUGGACCCCGUGGAUUACGUGUUCACAGUACGGACCGGGGACCGUAAGAACGCGGGCACUGAUGCUAAUGUUAAGGUCAUAUUGCAUGGUGAUGGAGGACGGAAAACUGAUAAAAUGAAACUGCGGAAUAUACUGAAAAAUGACUUUGAACGAAGUCAAAUUGACAAUUUUACUGUGAAAAAACAAUUUAAAAUCAGAAAUAUUGAAAAAUUGGAAUUAUGGAGAGAUAAUUUUGGACUUGGAAGUGCUUGGUAUUUAGACUAUGUUAAAGUCCGUCGAAAAGAUAAAGAUACGGAAUAUUCUUUUCCGGUAUUUAGAUGGAUUCCUGCAAAAACACAUUUGAUAUUCCGGGUAAAUGACACUUCUUUACCUCAGCAAGACCCGGAAGCUGAACAAAGAUGGAAUGAACUUAAACGAAAACGAGACAGUUAUAUUGUAUGCCAGAAGAUUACAGGUGGUCCGGCGCAGGUAAUUAAAUUAUACUGUAGUACCUCUCUUAAAGGCCAAGUUCCGAAAAGAAAAUAACCUUCAGCUCAUAUCAGAAUGUUUAUUUGCAAUAAUGGUAAAUACCAAAUGCCAUUUAAAAUCAACAUUUUGCAAUGUCGAGCUUUAACUUUCAAUUCAGGUUUAUUUCUUGUCUGAUUUACAUUUUAAAUAAAAAGUAGGAGUAAUUGUCAAUAUAAAUAUAACCGUAUACCGCGGUUCGUAUUUUAACAAAACUCGAGUUACAUGUUCAGUGUCAUAUUUUCGUUGCCAUCAAAUUGGUAAAAUCUGAUUUUAUCUGUGAAGUCAUUAACAUUAUUUAAAUGACUUUAGGCUUAUACAUGUAAUGUUGGACACACACUAACAACGCAUUUCAUAUAAUAACGUUUGAAAUGUAACAAAUCUCAACACUUACUAUUGAUAUAUCUCUCUCUAUAUAAAAGACCCUAAUCUGUCUAAAUCAAAUGAUCAGAUAAGUGCAAUUCAGCACAGCUUAUAAUGUUUUUGUAAACAAAAGAAUACAUGUCAAUGUUUGUGUUUAAAUCUGUUUUUAUUCCAAUAAAAGAGUAAGGAUCUAUACCUGUCGGAACGAUUUUUGGGUAACUUUUCCUGAAUAUCGCUACUUUAUUGCAUAGCAAUUCCAUGGUUAAUAUAAUA